UUCCCGGUUGGGGUUCGACGUCCUGGCAGCGUUAACGUAUUAACUUGGCCAACAGAGAAUACCUGUUGACUCAUUUUAAAAAAACAAGAUGGCGGUCCCGAAGGCUGCCUCGCAUGUUGUUUUGCUCUUGCACGGACGUCGUUUACACCUUUUAAAUGCACAGUGAGAAAGUAUCGCGCCGCGCGAGGGAGAACGUUCUUAGUAAUAUCGGUUCUCGCGGAGAUAAACGCGAACGUACGAAUAUGUUGUGAACGCUGUGAGAAUCGAAUCGAUAUAACCUAGCAUCUUAUUUCGGGGGAAAGUUGAAACUCCGUGAAUCGACGAUCGUAACGCGUUGACGCGAGUUCUCGGAUUAAACGAUACAAUUGGUUUUUCGAUGUUCGGUAAUUGUUGUUCGUUGAAUAGAGUAUAAAUUCUAAUGAAAAAAAAAGUGACGGCUAGGCGCGAAAUUACGCACCUGCGCAGUAUAGUUCGGCGCCCUGGUCAGUUUGACAACAGUAUUUUCAUCAGUCGGACGUAACCUACCCCAUGCUUCGAGCUGGAGUGCAUCGCGUUCAGUGACGUUGCGUCUCGCGUUUGUCUGUAAACAGAGUUCCAGAAUAACGGACAUGGCUGCUCCCGAGGCAAUACAAGUCAGCUCGUUACCUUUGCCGCCGGUGCAGUACAUCAAUUUGUAUACGGACGAGAAUGUCCGUCGAGGGAGAGCACCUCGGCCUCCACCGCCGAUACACGACACUUAUUCAAUGUUUGGAAAUGUAUUUAACGCGGACGAUACGAUUAUACGGCCCCUCGAGGCUCAAGGAAUCAAGAGGCUGUACCCACAACAUUUUGAUCGUCGACGAGAAUUAAAGAAACUUAACCAUUCUUUGCUCGUCAACUUCCUGGAUCUGAUAGAUCUACUCGUACAAUGUCCAGACAGUCCAAGACGCGCUGAAAAAGUGGAAGAUCUUAGUCUAUUGUUUAUUCAUAUACACCAUUUGCUGAAUGAAUUCAGACCGCACCAAGCUAGAGAAACGUUACGAGUUAUGAUGGAACUGCAGCGCAGACAACGUAUCGAAACUGCUCUUAGGUUUCAAAAGCAUUUAGAAAAGGUACAAGAAAUUCUGCAGCAUGCGUUACAAAUGUUACCGGAUACUUCAGAAUUAGAUUCUAAGUUAGCCAUAAAUACAGAUGCUAUGGAAUCGAUUGAUAACCUGGGAUCUGAACAGCAAACAACAGAUCCAUGUAGCCCAAGUGAUCGUAUAAUGUGCAAAGUAAUCGAUGAUAUGAUUUCAUCGAAUGGACUGUUUUAAAUAAUGAAAUAUUAAUAGAGAUCCAUUUUGAAAAUAUUAUCUUGUAAAAAAAACCACUGUAAUUAUAUAUGUAAGAUACACUGUAAUGAUAAUAAUUCUACGAGUACUGUUAGUUUUAUU